AGUUUAUUUAGCAUAUUAUCUUUAUACAUAGAACUGUCAAACAAACCUUUUUAAAGAUUUGUGAAUAAGGCCGAUAAGUUUUAAUUGAAAAUAUGUAAAAAAAAAAAAUUUAAAUGGGUUUUCAGAAUAGAGAAUUGACAAUCGAGCUGGAUCUUGAAGGGCGGAACUAAUGAUGUGAAAUUACCCUAAUGAGAUUUAUUAUCUGAUUAUUACUUUUGAUAAAACCAAUGCUAUAAAUGUUGUAGACCAAAUCACAUGUUUAUCAGUCCAGUACGAAAAGACCAACUUUUUGGUAAAAAAAAUGUUCGCUCUUUCGGCAUUUUCGUGGAUACUAUUUAUUGCGUCGUUCCAUUUGGUACUAGCAAAAUCGCCAUACGCCAUUGGCUUAACCCAAGUUACAUGUGAGUUAUCGGACAACAAUUUUGCUAUUAUCAAAAGGUGUAAUUUGACCAAAACUGCCGAUGGCCUGAGGGCGCUAAACAUUCACAUACACCCACUGCAAAGUCUUGAUCAUGUUUCGCUGAAACUUAGCCUUUUCCGCAAAACCAAUAAGAACUAUAAUCCCUUUUUUGUGGAAAGUACCGUGGAUGUUUGUGACUUUCUUCAGGAUUACAAGCAAAAUAUCCCUUGGGGGAUGAUCUACGAAAAGAUAGCAAAAUAUACCAACAUCAACCAUUCUUGUCCCUAUAAUCACGAUUUGAUAAUAGAAAAAUUAAUUAUUUCUCCCAGAGGCUUGAAAAUGGUUCCCAUACCUAAAGGCGAAUACAUUGUUAACCUCAAGAUUAUAUCCGACAAAGUACAAAAAUUAAUUUCCCAAAUUUUCUUUAAACGAUAUUUUUAAAAACGCCAGGUGUUAUGUUCUAUUGCUUCGAAGGAAUUGUUGUCUAAGUUAUGUCCCUAAUGGAAAUGCUAAUAAAAAAAUUCAUUUGAAA